CCACCAUAGUUUGUUUGCAUGUGCCGUGUGUACUCUUACAGAUAUUUAUAUUCAACACUGUUAACCGUAGGAUUCAUCAAUGACUCCGAAAAAGUAAGAAAACAAGGAAGGAUUUUUAUCAGCAAUUAUCUGAGCUCCACCAUGCCUGUAGAAAGCUUGUUCAAAGAAGUUGAAGUCCCUCAACAGAAAAAUUACAAAGAAAUCAUUUUUCCAAGAGUUCUAUCCCCGAACCCAAAUGGACUACCAUCCUCAUCUCCUACUCUUCCACUAUUGACUGAUGCCAUCAAAGAAAGCAAGCCAUGGCUAGAGUCACUUCUCCACCAAUCCGGGGCUCUUCUUUUCAGGGGGUUUCCUCUGACCACUGCUUCAGACUUCAACAACGGUGUUGAAGCCUUUGGCUUUGAUGAAUUGCCCUACGUUGGUGGUGCUGCCCCCAGGACUAAUGUUGUUGGCAGAGUUUUCACGGCUAAUGAAUCCCCUCCUGAUCAGAAAAUCCCUUUUCAUCAUGAAAUGGCCCAGGUUCCCGAGUAUCCAUCCAAAUUGUUCUUCUUUUGUGAAGUUGAGCCUGGAACUGGGGGAGAAACUCCAAUAGUUCUUAGUCAUAUUGUAUAUGAGAGAAUGAAAGAGAAGCAUCCAGAAUUUGUUGAGAAAUUAGAAGAACACGGGUUGAUAUAUAUACGUGUUUUAGGAGAGGAGGAUGAUCCAUCAUCUCCAAUUGGUCGCGGUUGGAAGUCUACAUUUUUGACCAAGGACAAGUCUGUUGCUGAGGAAAGGGCUGCUAAGCUGGGAAUGAAGCUGGAAUGGACAGAGGAUGGUGUGAAGACAAUAAUGGGCCCUAUUCCUGCUAUUAAAUUGGACAAAACAAGAGAGCGCAAGAUAUGGUUCAACAGCAUGGUAGCUGCUUAUACAGGUUGGGAAGAUAAGCGAAAUGAUCCUGUAAAGGCAGUCACUUUUGGGGAUGGGAAACCUUUGCCGGCUCAUAUCAUCUAUGACUGCCUGAGAAUCCUAGAUGAGGAAAGUGUUGCCAUACCAUGGCAGAAAGGGGAUGUGUUACUAAUUGAUAACUUAGCUGUUCUUCACUCUCGAAGACCAUUCAAUCCUCCUCGCCGCAUACUUGCUUCAUUAUGCAAGUAAGACUUGCAGAAAGAGUCUUUCUUGUGGUUUGCAGGUGCCUAAUUGUACAAGUAAGAGUGCUUGCUCUAUGUCCUCGCAGAACAACGAGCUUUUGCUUUUUUUUUGGAGAUACCUAUUUCUCUUGCUAUUAUACAACAGUAAGAAGUACUAUUUCUCUUGCUGAAGCUGCUCUGCCUUUGUAGAUAGAUAACAAAAUACAAACAGCUCUGAAGCACACUAGCUUCAACAGUUAGGGAGAAUUAGCUUUAUAUGACCUAUUAUUAAUAGUGCAAUUCCUGCUGUAUCAUCAAGCACUAUGGAUAAUUGUUAGUAGCUCUUAUAUAACCUGAAAAAAAAUAAACGCCAUGCAUGUUGCAUUUA